GACGGUUGUAAUUUACCAUAAUAAAUAAAGAAAUAAAGUUCAGAUCGGCAGUAUCGUAGCCGUUAAAAAGUCGACCAGAGCAAUUUACCGACGUCAUUCUCCAACAAAAGUCUGAUGUUCCGUAAAAUCGUCGUCGGCGCAGAUCGCAGACGGAAAACUGUUCCCUAAUUUAUUUAUUUUUUUCCGAAACGAUGAGAUGAAAAUUUUGCAGAGUUCCUGCAUUUUACACGUUGUAAAUCGCCGCCGGUUUUAAAUGGGAUUUCGCCGUCGCCUGAAUCCCCUCUCGAAUCUACUGAUUUUAGCUUAUUUAGUCCGGUUCGCUAAUCAUUUUUCCUUUGCUUAUGGAAAAUCUAAUGGCACCCAGGAUUCUGUCACCCCCAUCAAUCACGAUCUUUACCAUACCAGCGGAGCUCUGUUGGAGGAAAUCGAGUCAUUGGUUCAUCGUCACCCAGAUAAGCUCUCGAUUGAGAAAAUUUCCGGCAAGAAUAAGGGCUACGAGGCAGAGAUGACUGUAGUUACUUAUUGCCGCAAUAGGAAAGAGAACGACGAUAGGACAAAGCUUAGGAUUCUACUUACUUUUGGACAGCAUGCUAGGGAGCUUAUUACGACCGAGCUAGCUUUGCGGCUCCUUUCCAUUCUAAGUGAAGAAGAGUUUUUACCCAGUGUGGACCGCUCUACUUUAAAUAGGACACUUGAUAGGCUUGUUAUAAAGGUUGUACCAGUGGAAAAUUUGAAUGGCCGGAAACUUGUUGAAGAUGGGGAGCUUUGCGAGAGAAGAAAUGGUAGAGGAGUUGAUCUCAAUAGGAAUUGGGCUGUAGAUUGGGGCAAGAAGGAGAAGGAUUAUGAUCCGUAUGAAGAAAAUCCCGGGACCGGUCCUUUCAGUGAGCCCGAGACUCAAAUCAUGCGGAAGUUGUCUGUAUCAUUUGAACCACACAUUUGGGUUAAUGUACAUUCUGGGAUGGAGGCUUUAUUUAUGCCGUAUGAUCACAAAAAUACGACUCCAGAAGGAAUACCAUCCAAGAUAAUGAAAUCAAUGCUCGAAAAGUUGAACCAUUUUCACCUCAAAGAUCAUUGCUUAAUUGGAUCCGGUGGAGGCUCUGUCGGAUAUCUGGCCCAUGGGACAGCCACAGAUUAUAUGUACGACAUUGCAAGAGUGCCCAUGGCUUAUACUUUCGAGAUUUACGGAGAUCUAAAGGCCUCCUCAAGAGACUGUUUCAAAAUGUUCAAUCCAAUCGACAUCACCUCCUUCAACAGCGUGCUCAAUGAUUGGUCGGCUGCAUUCUUCCAGAUGUUUACCAUAGGCGUGCAGCAGAUGAACGGACUUCAGCCGAAGGCAAUUGGUUCCAGCUUCGACAAUUGGGUGUCGAUAGAUGAUUAUCUCAACGGAUAUCUAAUGCACAGGAAAAGUAGGUACGGUAAGAAGAUGGAGGUUCUUGAUCUCGGGUUGCAGGAAAUUAGAACGUAUUUCAGAUUAUUCUUGUUAUCGUCUGUGCUGCUGCUGUUCAUGUUUUGCUCUAGAAUUUCCAAGAGCACUAGGCCUAUUGUUUCUGCCAUGGCUCUCUGAUCUAAGGGCUAUAUUUUGAUUCAGUGGAUUUUUUUUUUUUUUUUUUUUUUUAAUUUAUUAUUUUUUGUGGGAUGAGGGAGGAGUAAUUUUUCCACGUGUAUAUUAUAUUCUUUGAUAAUAUACAAAUUGUUGAGGUUUUAAAGUGUCCUUUUUUUUUUUCAUUCUUUCUGUA